CUUGUGGUUUUAAGUUCCAUGGUGCUCUUGAUCUUUCAACAUGCUCAAGAUUCAAAAACUUGCCAGAGAACUCAUGGAUAAUCGAAGGUCUACGGAUGCUUGAUUUGAGUAAAACAGCUAUAGAAGAGAUGCCUUCAUCAAUUGGAUGUUUGAUUAACCUUACUGCGUUGACUCUAAGAUAUUGCAUAAAUCUUGUGCACCUUCCUAGCACCAUUUGUAGUUUGAAGUUGCUUAAGUCUCUUGAUCUUUUUGGAUGCUUAAAAUUUGACAACUUGCCUGAGAACAUAGGAAAUAUGGAAGGUUUGGAGCUGCUUAAUUUGUGUUGGACAGCCAUAAAAGAGGUUCCUUCUUCCAUUGUUCUCCUUAAAAAACUCAAGCAGCUUCAUAUCCAUGGAUGGAAGUUAUCUGAAUUUUAUUCCCAGCCAGCAAGUCCUGAGUCGAUGGAACCAUUAUGGAUUUCAUUAUCUUACUUGCCAACAAAUCCUACCAUGGAAAAAAUAUUAUUGCCUUCAUUUAUAUAUUCUUCCCUGCAAACAAGUCCAGUUCCAGUGGGCUUAUCAUUGCCUUCCUUAUCAGGUCUGCAAUCUUUAACCAAUUUGAAUCUUAGUCACUGUGAUCUUUGGUCAAUCCCCAAUGACAUUGGCUGCUUGUCCUCUUUAGAAUACUUAGAUCUAAGUGGAAAUAAUUUUUUUUCCCUUCCUGAAAGCAUGUUUCAACUCUCUAAUCUUCGAAAACUCUAUUUGGAGGGUUGCGCGAGUCUUCAAUCAUUGGAAAAUGUUCCGUCAACUAUUGAUUCUGUAAUUGCAGACGAUUGUACCUCACUAGAGAGAUUGCCAGAACUGCAAUUUUAUCUUUUUAGGUCAGAUCGCACCUAUUUGCAAUUCCUGUUUUUCAACUGCUUCAAAUUGGUUGACAAUAACAUGCUUCGGGGCGCUAAUAACAUUCUUCAGGGACAAAGUGGUACACUACCAAAGAAGUUGAAAAUUAUUAUUCCAGGAAGUGAAAUUCCGAAAUAUUUUAACCAUGAAUGUAUGGGUCAUGAAUUGAAAGUACAAGUACCUUCUAAUUGGUCUAAUGCGCCAAUUGGAAUUGCAUUUUGUGUUGUCUUUGUACCCAACAAAUGGCGUGAAUGCCCUCGUGAUUGGGAACUUUCAUUUAUAAUCGAUGGAUUUCCAAUGAAUGAGGGAGAAAUUUCUGGUUCUAGGAAAGAAUAUGGUACAAUUGAAUCACAUCACCUUUGGCUGACCUAUUCUUCUUAUCGGAACGGAUUUCAUCCUCUUAUGAUUACAGCAUCUUCCCAGAACUUGGAGGUGGAGAAAUUUGGGGUCCGAUUCAUAUACGGGCAAGACAUCGAAAAUCCCAGUAAAACUAUGGCACAGUGCAUCAACAACAGCAGCUUCGUAAUCCAUCAUGAUAUUGAUGAUUCAAUUGCAGAAGGUAGUGCAAAUAAGCAAAGCCAUGAUGAGGAUGAUGAUGGGGCAGGACCUAGUGGAGAAUGCUGCUCUAUUGUGGAACCACCGCCAAAGAGGAUUCAAAGGCUUGGAGGAUUUAUGGCUGAUUCUGAGGAUUCUAGUCAAAGGGAAUUUAUUGACUACUUUGCUAUGGAAGGAGAGAAUCAAACGUCCAAGAAGCUUGAAUCCAUUCACGAAGGUAGUAGUUACCAAGACAUCGAAGAUCUCAAUCUAACUAUGGCACAGAGCAGCAACAACAGCUGCACCCUCUGUGAGGGUCUGGUGAAAUCUAUCGUGAUAUUGAACAAUUUAGCCGCAGAAGGUAGCAAAAAUAAGCAAAACUGUCAUGAGGAUGAUGAGGCUGGACCUAGUGGAGAAGGCCACUCUAAUGAGGAACCACAACCAAAUUGGAUUUAUGAAGUUGGAGAAUUUAUGGCUGAUUCUAAGGAGUCUAGUCAAAGGGAAAUUUUCGACUUCUUUUCCAUGGAAGGAGAGUAUCAAAUGUCAAAGACGCUUGAAUCCAUUCACGGAGGGAAGAGGGAUAGUUACCAAGACAUUGAAGAUCCCAAUCAACCUAUGACUCAGUUAACCAUCAACAGCAGGACACUCUGAGGAUCUGGGUGAUCUACGCCAUGAUCUUUAAGAUUCAACCACAAAAGGUAGCAGAAAUAAGCAAAGCUGUGAUGAGGAUGAUGGGGUUGGACCAAGUGGAGAAGGCUAUUCUAUUGAUGAACCCCAUCCAAAGACUACCUGGAUGCAUGGCUGAUUCUAAAGAAUUUGGUAUAAGGAAUGUUUCAACUUCUUUGCCUGAGGAGACCCAAGAAACUCGAAGCCUAUCGCGGUGGUAAGAGGGAUAGUUAUGAGAGAGAUGUUGAAGAAUUAGCCAAGGAGGGUCAUUCCUCUCACACCCACCUUGGCACCGUCUCAAGUGGGCAAGAAUUAAUCAAGGAGGGUUACUUUUUGCUGUAUGUGUGUGUGUAUAUGUGUGUGGCUUUGUUUAUUUGGCUUUAUAGAGUUUAAGCCGUGGCAUCAGUGUAGAGAAAUUAAAGAUGAUCUUGUCCCAUGCUUUUGUGCUAUUUUGUAAUCUCCCAUUUUCUUAGUGAAAUAUUCUGUUAGACACUGUCCAUGGAUGUAGGCUUAAAGCCGAACCACGUAAAUCUUUGUGUUUCA